AUGAAAGGCUUCAGACAGAGGGUUCAUGAGCAGCUCUCGCGUACAAAAGAUCCAAACAAAUCAAAAUCUAAGAAGGGGGAUUCAAAAGACGGCACAUCUUCACCUUCACAAUCCAGUUCACGGGAAGCGGGGCAAUCACCUGCAGUAACACCCUCAUCUUCGAGUACAGCGCUUAAUGACUUGCGAAAUAAACCACUACCUCCAAACGAUGGUACAUCUAGUUCAGCUAGCCCUGCUGCGCAACCACCUUUGAAUCCAGCUCCUAGCACAAUGCCUGCUCCAGAUCGAUUCAAUACUGGAGGAGGUUCUCCCAGUCCUGGGACUCCGAAUCGUCAUGGGGCACUCCCUCCAAGCGUUGUUAUCAGCCCAAGCGCACCGCACAUCCCUCCUCCAGGUGCCGCAGAAACAAUGCCCCACGAUCUUGCCCCUCCCAAGGCUGGUCAGAAGUCACUGAUGUUUGAUCGGUUACAAACAACCCCAAAGGAUGUCCCAGAAGGCAUCAGAACACCGAAGCGACAGCACUCUUCGAGAUUUGACAUUUCCCCUCUCCGCGAAUUAGAAAAGCUGCCUGGUUUCCACGAGGUACCACCUAAUCGCCGCCAAGAUCUUUUCAUGCAGAAGAUUGACCAAUGUAAUGUCAUCUUUGAUUUCAACGAUGCAAGUGCGGAUAUGAAGUCCAAGGAGAUCAAAAGGCUAGCUCUCCAUGAACUCCUCGAUUAUGUUGCCAACAAUAGACAAGUCAUCACCGAGGCUAUGUAUCCCAAAGUUGUCGAGAUGUUUAGCAAGAACCUCUUCCGUCCCAUACCACCUCCUAUGAAUCCUCAAGGUGAAGCAUUCGAUCCUGAAGAAGAUGAACCGGUUCUCGAAGUUGCCUGGCCGCAUAUUCAAGUUGUGUAUGAAUUCUUCCUAAGAUUCAUCGAGAGUCAAGACUUCAACACCAAUAUUGCGAAGGCAUACAUAGAUCACAGCUUUGUCUUACAGUUACUUGAACUUUUCGAUUCUGAAGACCCCCGUGAGCGAGACUUUUUGAAGACAACCCUUCAUAGGAUAUAUGGAAAAUUUCUCAACCUCCGCUCAUACAUUAGAAGGUCUAUCAACAACGUAUUUUUCCAAUUUGUUUAUGAGACCGAACGUUUCAAUGGUAUUGCUGAGCUAUUGGAGAUACUUGGGUCUAUCAUCAACGGUUUUGCUCUACCACUAAAGGAAGAACACAAAUUAUUCCUGACAAGAGUCUUAAUACCAUUACACAAAGUCAAGAGUUUGAGCAUGUAUCAUCCUCAACUCGCGUACUGCAUUGUUCAAUUCUUAGAAAAGGAUGCAGCAUUAACAGAAGAGGUUGUUUUGGGGUUGCUCCGCUAUUGGCCUAAGGUGAACAGCACAAAAGAAGUAAUGUUCCUUAAUGAAGUGGAAGAUAUUUUCGAAGUCAUGGACCCCGCAGAAUUCGCGAAGGUUCAGGAACCUCUUUUCCAUCAAUUGGCAAAAUCAGUUGCGAGUCCGCAUUUCCAAGUGGCCGAACGUGCGUUAUACUUCUGGAAUAACGAGUACUUCUGCAAUCUGGUUAGCGACAAUGUUGAGAUCAUCUUGCCGAUCAUGUUUGCACCUCUAUAUGAGAACUCUAAAGGUCAUUGGAACAGAACGAUCCACGGCAUGGUGUACAAUGCAAUGAAGCUUUUCAUGGAGAUCAAUCCCCAGCUUUUUGAUGAUUGCUCGCACGACUACACUGAGCACCAGAACAAUGCCGAGGCCAGAGAACUAGCCAGAGAAAACAAAUGGAAGGCUCUAGCGGAACAAGCAGGAAGGUCGAAGACCAAUGGAUCUGUCUUACCUACUGGGCCCGCUUCUCCAUCGCGAACCAAAGCAACCUCUUUGAGGGUAGAUGAGGUAGAUCCAAUCACGGAUGACAACCAGAAGAGGCUGGAUUCAUUAAAUCUUCAAGAUGGAGAUCGUCGAGAGCGAAGACCCGCUCACGAUCGACAAAACUCGAACCAUUUCGUAUCGGAUCUCGAUGUCGAUGCACAAAGAUCGGCGAGCGGGAUUUCUACAGCAGCAGUUGUCGGGCUCGUUUCUUCUUCGGCUGUCGCGCAAAAGGACUUGGAUGGCGAUCCGGAGACAAGCGACCACUCUUUUAUCGACGAUCAAGCUAGUCAUCUCUCUUGA